UGGCCACAAACUCACAGAGAUCCACUUGCCUGUGCCUCCAAUCCUGGGAUUAAAGGAUGGUGGCACCACCUCUAACCAUGAAUCAUUUCUUUAGAAUGGGCUUUAGAACAACAGACACUUGAUGUGCGUCUGUGUUUCCCUUACAGGACACAGGGUGUGAAGCUUUGCUGCCAAAAACUGGUUGGACUGUGUAUGUGGAUCUAGACUUUGCAGGUCGUCUGAAAUCCUGAAAUAGGGUCUGUGCGGCUCAUCCUCAUAGCCUGACCUUGUCACUAAUAGAAAACUAGAGAACCAGGAUUCCCUUUAGGUCACCAUGGCAACAGGCCAAGUAGCCAGUCAACUCCCAGGACCAGGGUCAUUGUUGGACGCCUAAACGUUGCUAUGACUACUGAAACCUUGGUGACCAAACUAAACAGAAAGAAAAGCCUUCUCAGUGGCCUCAGAAACAUCAAACAUGUCUGUAGAUACGUCUGCGGAAAAAAUGACAAAAUUAGAAGAGAAUUUGCAAAGAGACGUGGCACUUAAGAAGAUGGUCAACAGGUGGUCGAAGUCACAUACUCACUGCAUGUGGCAGAUGACAUUGGACCAACGGAGAAACCUGUAUGCUACCCUAAGGAUGCAGGAUACUAUGGAGCGGGAAUUGGCACUGUCGAACAAACAGCUGCUCAUGGUCCGGCAAGCUGCCUUACACCAGCUGUUUGAAAAGGAACAUCAGCAGUACCAGCAGGAGCUCAAUCAGAUGGGCAAAGCUUUCUAUGAGGAGAGACUGUGACACCACCUACCACUGCUCUUCCAUCAUGCUACCAACCCAGCCUCUAGUCUCUUCCGUGAGCUUCCCAAAGCACCUGGACUAGGACUUAAUACUCCCCCUCUUUCUCUUUGUUAUAUCAACGCAAUGUUACCUCUGAAAACAAGAGUGACGCCUUGUGGUCAGCAAGGGAUAUGCAAUAUUGUAAGGGGAGAGAAUGCACAAUGUCUUUUUUUUUUUUAAUCUGAUUUGGUUUAACAAAUAAAGUAUACUCUUAAAAGUUUA